AUGAGGCUGCCACUGCCGCUGCUGCUGCUACUGCUGGGGGCUUGGGCUAUCCCAAGGGGCCUUGGGAACAGGGAUUCGCUCACAGCCACUGCGCCACAGCUGGACGAUGAGGAGAAGUAUUCAGCGCAUAUGCCCACUCACCUUCGCUGUGAUGCCUGCAAGGCGGUGGCCUACCAGAUGUGGCAACAUCUGGCAAAGGCCGAGGCCAAGCUUCACACCCCCGGGGGGCGUCAGCAGCUGAGCGAGUCGGUGUAUACAGACGUCCUGGAACAGAGCUGCUCCCAGGCCUGGCAGGACUAUGGGGUCCGAGAAGUGAACCAGGUGAAGCAUCUCAUGGGCCCGGGACUUGACAAUGGGCCACAGCCAAGCGUCAGUGUGAUGGUCACAGGGGGCCCCUGGCCUACCAGGCUCUCCACGACGUGCUUGCACUACCUGGGGGAGUUCGGAGAAGACCAGAUCUAUGAAGCCCACCGACAAGGCCAGGAGGCUCUGCAGGCAUUGCUGUGUGGAGGCCCCCGGGGGGUCUGCCCAGAGGAGGCACCAGUCACAAGGGCAGAGCUCUAG